GUUUUUUUAGGGGAAAUGAAAAUUAGGUUGAGAGGUUGGCAAUAAAAUAAACAAUGGCGUUUACAGUAUAGUAAUGGUUCUGCGAGCAAAUUUUAUUUUUGUUAUGGUUUUCUGGACUUCCUCAUUCAUUCCAGCCAUGAUGGGGAGCAACGCAGACAAUAAAUUUGUAUCAAAAUGACGUUUUACAUAUCAACAAAUUAGUGUAUAUAAGGUUCUUUGAACAAUGUCAAAAAAUGGCUUCUAAUUCAUACAGGGUGGAAUGGGUGGAAAUAAUAGAGCCCAAGACUCAGGAGCAUAUGUAUGCCAAUUUGGCUACAGGAGAAUGUGUAUGGGAUCCUCCAGAAGGUGUACCUGUCAAACGUACAGAUUCUAACCAGUGGUGGGAACUCUUCGAUCAAAAUACAGCACGGUUCUACUACUACAAUGCUACAUCACAAAGAACGGUUUGGCAUAAACCAACAAACUGCGAUAUCAUCCCUUUAGCUAAACUCCAAACCUUAAAACAUAAUACGGACUGCAGCCCUGCCGCUACAAGUCACCAGUCAACACAAACUGGACAUCAUGCAGAGCGAAGCCAAGUGCUUAGUCUGUCUGCGAGUACUCCUCAGCUACGUCGUAAACCUAGUGAUUUGUGCAGAAGCAGCAGUUUUAGUCAGCGUGGUGCCGAAGCCCCAUUGUACUCAAAUUGGCAUGACUCCCAUUUGCUGCCUCUGGAACAUUUCUUGCUUAACAACAGUCGGGAUUCUGAUAGUGAUCACUCAGACAGUGGUAGUGAGUCUCUUACUGGACAUGAGCCCGACAAUGAAGAUUCCGAUCAGUCUGAAGGCAGCUAUUUACCACACCGCCUCUCACACAGACCUGUAGAAUAUCUAAAUCUCCCUACAGCAGCUAGUACAGAACCUAGAGACAGAGAAAGGGAGACCAAAGAGCGUCCUCCAGUACCUCUAUUGAAACCGUUGGCAGAACCUCCAUUACAACCUGAACGGGAAGCUGAUAUGGAAAAAUUUGCUGCAGACAAUCUAAAUCUAGGCGGUAGAGGGCUAUUUAGGCGUAAAGCUAGUGUUCGUGAUUUACUUAGUUGGUCAUCUCGUAGUCUACAAAGACCUUUGCUAGCAUCUAGCAAACCAGUGGCGAGGCAAGCUUUAGAAAUGUUUAGACAAGUACAAAUGUAUAUGGGUGACAGGAAGGCUAGACCAGGUGUAUCACUAAAUUCUUUGUUAAUGGAAAUUUUAGGCACAGCUCAUGUACAGGCUUUGCUUAGAGAUGAACUUUAUGUGCAGUUGUGUAGACAGACAACUGAGAACCCUAGGCGUGAGUCUCUGCUUAGAGGUUGGGAAUUACUCACAAUUGCUUUAGCGUUUGUUCCUCCUAGUCCAGUAUUUCAACCGGCGCUAUUAGGGUAUCUCAAUCGUCACAGAGAUCCUACUUUUUCGAGAGUUUUUCCAGAUGUUAACCGGUGGCCAAUUCAUGUUCAAGUAAACCACUAUGCGACAGUAGCUUGCCAACGUCUAGAACGUAUAGGCGCAGGUGGUAAACGCACCGCCCGUCGCCCACAAAUGGAUGACAUAGAAUCUGCAAGAAAACAAAUAUUCCAAGCUAGUCUCUUUGGUAACACUCUACGUGAAGUUAUGCAACUUCAAGCCAGUCGUUGGCCUAACAGAAGGCUACCCUGGCCACAAAUAGAGUUGUCGCAACAGGUAUUGAAACUGCAAGGCUUAACGACUGAGGGUAUUUUCCGCGUCUCGGCAGAUGUAGACGAAGUGAAUCGAUUGAAGGCGCAAAUGGACCGAUGGGAAAUUAGUGAACCCAGUGAUGCUCAUGUACCUGCAAAUCUACUUAAACUUUGGUUGCGGGAACUGUAUGAACCCCUCAUCCCCGACUCUCUUUACCCUGAAUGUGUGGCAGAACCCAUGACUCCAAGACGUGCAUGUGAUUUAGUACUACGUUUACCCACUCUACAUAGACUUGUGUUAUGCUAUUUAAUCCGAUUUUUACAGACCUUUAACAAACCUGAAGUUAUACAACAUACUAAAAUGGACGCUUCCAAUUUAGCUAUGGUUUUUGCGCCUAACUGCUUACGUUGCAUGGCUAGUGAUCCUCGUACUAUGUUUGAUAAUGCACGUAAGGAGAUGGCCUUUAUGCGAUGCCUCAUACAAGAAUUAGAUACUGAAUGUGUUCGAGACAUGAUCUGACCUCAACUUUCGAAUGUAUAUAACAUAUUUAUACAAACAUACAUUUAUUGUAACAUUUUUUAUUACAAAUCAUAGAUAUUUCUUUGUGACUUUGUUUUUAUUAUUACCUUUACAUUACAAAUUGUGAUUUAAAUUAUAGAAUAAAUUGUUUUCUUAUGAA